CCGGUAUUGUGAUUUUGAGAAUCUGCUGGAUGAUUCGUUAAUCGUUCUACUAGGAAGGAUUUAAGGUUGGAAUUGGAAGUACGAGAACUAAUUCAACCAUUCAAUAAUUUUAAGAAAAGACCACGACUAGGAGUCAUAGGAAUCUCUGUUCUUCCUGCAGGACAGGUCAUUUGAUGAUAUAUACUGGAUCAUACUGGAUGCACAGUGCUUCUUGUGACUUGGUGGCGCGUGUGUUCAUCAAAAGAUAACAUUUCUACACUUUCGAGAAGAUAACGGUGCACCAUUUAGUCUGUAUGAAUAGUAUAGUUUUUACUUAUUUUGUAAUCAAGUGAUUAAUCCUUUGAUUUUACAAAAAUGUCAGACCACAGAAGUUCUCCUCCUAGAAAAAAGCUACAUUAUUCACCGUGCCCUGAAAGAAAACUUGAUAGCUCUAAUGGAGAAGGGAACUCUGAGUAUCGAAAAAGUAAUAAUUUGUCGGACGGUAGCUUUCCAGACCUACAUCCACAUUCAAGACGUAGCUCUGAAAAGACCUUUCAGCGGUCUGGUUCAUCUCCCUCACCUCGUCCAUCUUCCUCGUCUCGGAGAUCUGCUUCUGUUCCCAAGAGUGCAAUAAGAGACAAAAUUGAAGAAAUUUGUGAUAAAGAAAAAUCAAAAGAAUUAUCCAAGCCUAGUAGUGAAGAAGGUUAUUCCUACACCUCAGACGAAAACAACGACUCAGAAAGUCACAAAAGUUUUGAAAAACAUUGUUCGAAUUCUUCAGAUGGUACUACAGGUUGUGAUUAUAAAAAUACCGAUGGAAACUUGAAUGAAAAUCGGGAACUUGAUUUGUCUGAUGAAAAUGUAAUUGAAAUGUUCCCAAAUCUUCAAGAGUUUGAUAUCCUUGAUGAUCUUGAAGAAAGUGAGCAGGAAGAUGAGGCAUGCCCUCAAUCACACUCUGAAUCGAGUGAUUAUGAAACAGUAGAAGAAGAUGAAGGACCAACAAUAGACGAUGUGGAUGCCAUGCUUGAAGAAGGAUUACCCGAAAAGUUCAAAGAUACUGGAAGGAAAGAACCCAAAGUCAGAUUGAAACGCAAAGUUCAAUUAGAGGAAAUUGCUCACAACCAUUUUGAUUUACUUCCUGAAGGCUGGAUCAAAAUAGUGCACAGCAGUGGCAUGCCAGUGUACUUGGAACAAAAGACAAGAGUGUGCACCAUGACUCGACCAUAUUAUUUAGGACCUGGAAGUACACGUAAUCAUAAAAUACCUCUCAGUGCCAUUCCCUGCCUGCAGUACAGAAGAGCAUUGGAAGAAGAAAAGAAAAUAAAAGAAGAGAAAGAAGCACAACUCAAAGUAGAGGAAGAGAACAAACAGAAAGAGGAGAAAGGAGACAAAGAAAACAACAUAGAGCAAACUCAAAAUAAGCCUCAAGAAAUUCAAUUAUUCACGGCUAAAAUAGAAACCUCUGAAGAAAACGAAGCCAAGCAGUCCCUCGAGGCUUUGGAUCUCCGUGAAUAUUGCAAAAAUCUUUUUAUUUUCAAAACUACUACUACGAUGCCUUUUAAAUCAUGGGCUGACAGAAGAAAGUAUGCAAGGAUGACAAAAGAUUUAAAGAAAAGACAAAGGCCUACCCUACCAGGUGGUACUAAAUUAUUAAAGUUUCCAACACAAAAUAUGGAUGGUACCAAUUCUAGGUCUAAAGGGGAAUGGAUUAUAAAUCCUAAUGGGAAGAGUUAUGUUUGCAUUCUACACGAAUACGUUCAGCACGCAUUGAAGAAACAUCCUAAAUACCAAUUCAAAGAACUGCAAAAUCCUGCCACACCCUAUUCUGCUACAGUUUUCAUUGACGACAUGCAGUACAGCGUUGGAGUGGGUGCGAGUAAGAAACAAGCUAAAGUGGAAGCAGCCAAAGCAGCAUUGGAAGUCCUCAUUCCUGAAAUGAAGGAUAAGAUAGAACGCGAUGGACAGUUUGGAAUGCGGUCAGGAAUUGCUCAGAGAUCCCAGAGCAACGACGUAUCUAUAUUCGAUGAAAUAAGAGUUGAGGAUCCGAGAGUGGCUGAGUUUUGUGCCAAGACUACAGAACCUCCUCCCUAUGCUAUUCUUCUCACAUGUCUGUCACGAAACUUGGGUUUGGGUGAGGUCAAAAGUCACUAUGAAAUGAACUCGAAGAAACAUAAAGAAGAUGAAUACACAAUGACAGUGGGGGAACAUAAAGCAACAGUUGUGUGCAAAAAUAAACGAGAUGGUAAACAACGUGCAGCACAAGCUAUCUUGCAACUUUUGCAUCCAAACAUCAAGCACUGGGGCUCUCUUCUCAGAAUGUAUGGGAACAAGUCCAUCAAAAGUGUAAAAGAAAAGAAACAAGAGGAGCAAGAGAUCACAAGACUUCAAAGCAAAGCUUCACUUAAUCAACCAAACUUUGCUAUUCUUGAAAAACUUCGUUCAGAAAUGUUGAAACUAAAAGAAAAGAAAGAUGCUAUGAAAGCAAAAGGAAAAUUUACCCCGCCUGAAAAUGUCGUACUCCCAUCACUUUCAUCGGCAGAUCUGAAUAAAAUCAACAUCUCAUCAUCAACAUCUACUGAUCGUUAAAAAGUAGUGAGGAACAAUGUGUUAUCAAGGACUUGUCACCAUUACAGAACUCCAUUACCAAUACCAACAUGUAGUGCUUUAGGUUUAUUUAUCUAUGACUUGACUCCUCAGAUAAAAUUAUGGCCAUGUUCUUAAAGUUGACAGAUUUUGUUAAACAAAAUAUGAUAUGUGACAUUUUCAUUUAGGUAUUCAUUGACAUUUUAUUACGUUAUUUUGUUAAUCGCUUUAAUUACAUUGUUAAUUACGUUAUUUGUUAAUCAGAAAAUCAGAAAGUAAUUUAUUACAAUGUUUAUCCACAUUACACAUACACAGGGUGGCUGAAAAAUAACUUACACCCCCCCCCCCCCUUAUCUUUUCAACCAUUUGAUAUAUUUAAAAUCUGUUUGCGGCAAACUUAUUAGGUAUGAGGGAUUACAAAAAUUAUAUUAGAUUUUGAAAAUUUUGCCCGUGGGGGUAGGGGGGUAGCUCAAAAUUUUCAAAUAACAAGUAUAGUCGAGUUUGGUAUCAUUUUACAGGUCUUGACAAAAUAUAAAAAUUAUCAUAAAUAAAAUAGAAAUCGGACCAUUAAUAACAAAAUGGCAGUUCAAAACUACUUUUAAUAACCACUGUCUUGAUCAUUUUUAGCUGCCAUUUUGUUACUAAUGGUCCGAUUUCUAUUUUCUUUAUGUUAAUUAAUUGUUAUGUUUCGUCAAGACCUGUAAAAUGAUACCAAACUCGACUAUACUUGCUAUUAGAAAAUUUCGAGCUACCCCCUACCACGGCUAGGCAAAAUUUUCAAAACUGACCAGAAUUAUUGUAGCCUCUCAUAUCUAAGAAGGUUGCCGAAAACAGAUUUAAAAUUGUUCAAAUGGUUGAAAAGUUAAGGGGGGGGGGGUGUAAGUUACUUUUCAGCCACCCUGUAUAAGUAGGUGUUUAUCUGGUAGUUUUAAAUGGUGUCUUGGGAUUUAAAAGUAAUAUUUAUAUCCGGUGUUACAGAUGUGGUCAAAGUUUUUGCUCAAUAUUCAUAACAAUUUGACUGCACCAUUAACAAUUUUCGAGCGUCUAAAAAUUGGUUUGCUUUAAGUUUACCAGGGGGGGAGUUAUUCUAUAUUUAGAAUUAGAAAAAUUUUUUUUUAAUUUUAAAACUCUUGCAGUUUUAGAGACAAACCCCCAAAAUUCAAUUCUAAAUCUAGUUUUAAAUAGUAGUUAUAUUAGAUUUAAUGAUCUUAUAAUAUAGUUCUAUUUAUAAUUAAUUGUUAUAGUUAGUUUAAGUAAAUUUAAUUGUUAAAGUUAAUCUUAUUAUCCAUAAUCCUAGUUUUCUUAAUAGUGGUCUGCAGCAGAUGGACCCAAGAGACUAAUAAAUAAUUCCAUUUAAUUUUUUAUAGGAAUUUUAUCUGUGACCUUUUUAUUUGAUUUGUAAUGAAAUUAUGAAAGUAUUAUACAUUUUGCUAGUAUAAGUAAUAAAAUUCAAGUGUUUUCAAGAAA